CGGUCACAUGAUGGACUGCCCUGUCUCUGUUGCAGACAAAUUUCUGCCAGCAAAACUCCGUCCUCUUCUUAUUCCAACGUUUUCUUCUACGGAGUACUUCUUUUUCUCCUCCGCCUUUAAUGCGGUAAUGCCCUUUCACAGUAUCUUCUCUCUCUUGCUUCUCUGAAAUUAGACGGCCUCUUUUAGCUGCUGCUUCUUCUCUGUAAUAACAUCUCUCUAUCAUUAAACCCAGCAUUAAUUGCAGAUUUUUUUUAAUUCUCCACUAUUUGGAGUUUUAGAAUAUCCCCUACAAGUUAUUGCAUCUUCCUAAACCCGACUCUUUUAGAAUAUCCUGGCUGCUGAUUUGCUGAAUCGAACUCUACUGCGCCCUAGCCCAGUUCAUCGAAGGGUAGAAAUAUAGAAGGCAAUGAGGAAAAGUUCUACUUCGUUUCGCAAUUCAGGAACAUAUACAAGCCCAUCAACACCAGAGUAUGGAGAUAAUCACAUUGGUGGGGUCCAUAAAGGUUGGAGUUCGGAGCGCGUCCCUUUGCCCACAAACAGUAAUCGGAGAAGGAAUGUUACUUCAACUGCAUUGAUCCCGUUCAGUACUAAUGCAAGGGCGUUUCCAUCGAAAUGGGAUGAUGCCGAGAGGUGGAUCACUAGCCCAUUGUCAAAUUUUGGUGUUUGCAACCCAUCAGCUGCUCAACCUCACAGGCAUGCCAAGUCAAAAAGUGGCCCGCUUGGGACCUCAGGUCAUAUGUACAUGCCAAAUUAUUCACCCACUGUUCCAUUCAUUGAAGGGGGAGGGGGCAUUGGUAAAUUCACUGGGAGUUCACCAUUUACAACUGGUGUAAUUGUUCCUGAAGGCUUAUGCAUUCAUUAUGGUAAUUCCAUUAAUUCUAAUGCUAACUCACUGUGUGCUGAGAAGAGGAUUACUCGAGCUUAUAGUGUGCCUGGUCUGUCAGAUUCAUUGAGUGACGCCUCCUCAUUGCCUAGCUCACGAGAUGAUAAACUUGCUACAGGAAGGGUUGCAGAAACAGAUGAGUUGCAUGUGGUUUCAAGGAGGGAUAUGGCAACGCAGAUGAGCCCAGACGAGAGUAUUCAUUCAUCUCCCAAAGAACGCUCACCACUGCCUUCCUUUCCUCUCCCAAUUCCUGUGGAGGAUGAACACAACAAACACUCUGCUAAGGUUGAAAUUAGAGAUGUACAAGUAGACAAAGGUGUUUCCAUUUCCAACCACAGUUCAGGAAAAUUAGAGAAAAAAUCUCCAAAUGCCAUUGCCUCGUCACAUUGGAGUAUUUCCGAAGCAACAGGAAGUGGGUCGAAGGAGGAAGCAAGAAUUGGUGCAUGGGAGAACUUGCAGAAGGCAAAAGCUGAAGCUGCUAUUCAAAAGCUAGAGAUGAAGCUAGAAAAGAAGAGGUCUGCAUCAAUGAACAAGAUUUUGAACAGGUUGCGAUAUGCCCAGAGUAAAGCUCAAGAGAUGAGGGGUGCAAUUUCAAAAGGUCACGGCACAAAAGUUUCAGACAAAGCCAGGAAGCGUUUUAAGGUUUCCUUUGGAGGCUGCUUAUCCUGCCGCACUCGUUAGAUCUAGGUUCUCAAACUUCACCAGCACUGUUGAAUCCUAGUGAGUAAUAUAUUGCAAGUAGAGCUCAGCAUGUGUCAGUUUUUGUGCCAAUUUUGUAUAAAGGAACAGAUCUGUGUACAUCAUGAGACUACAAUGAAUGUUAUUUGUUGGGGUACAAUUUGUGAACCAACUGAUCCUUGAGCCUUGAGGAGUUUUUAAUCGAGAGUAGGGAGGGUGCUAAAUGAUUUGUCUUCCUUCCACCCCCCUCAUUUUUCGUCACACCCUCCACAACCUCCCACAGUCCCACUCCCCUCAAAUAGGAGAGCUCCCCUCCCGUACCCUCAAUUUCCUCCUUUUUAUCCUUCUGGAGGUUUGGACCCUGUACUCAAUAAACCUCAUGCUGCUAUAAAAGCAUUUCCAAAUUCCAAUAUGAGGUGUAGGGUGACUAGGGUCUAUGUUUAAAGGUACGUUUUAUAUGGCGAAGAGAGAUAUAGAGAAUGGCUGUUUUAAUCUAAAAUGAAUGAAGAGAUAUUGUGAAG